AGUGUGCAUAGAUGGAAAAAAAUAGCAACAGAGAGGGAUUUAAUUCCGUUAGGAGAGGGUCCAGUUCCCCAAAAGCCUCAGAUAAUUUUUUUGCCAAAUUUUAGUAGCAACAAUAAGGAAGAAUCGUCUCAAAGAGGAAAAAGCCACGUUGUUUUGGGGCUCUCCACCUCUUUCACGUCCUCAUGACUUCUUCUGUUCACGAUCAUUCUGAUAGUUGUGAAUCUGAUGAUCAGCAAAAGCAUUCAGAGUCUCAGAUGAUUUCUUCCUCACCUGCACCCGGAAUGUCUCAUCCUGGAAUUCCAGGCCCUAUGCAGUAUGUAACCCCUCCACAGAUUGGAGCAGGACAUGCAGUGGCACCUGGAGCCUACCCAUAUCCGGACCCUUACUACAGAAGCAUCUUUGCUCCUUAUGACACACAAGCAUAUCCUCCACAACCCUAUGGGGGGCAACCAACGGUCCAUCUUCAGUUGAUGGGCAUUCAGCAAGCUGGAGUUCCAUUGCCGACAGAUGCAGUUGAGGAACCUGUGUUUGUAAAUGCAAAACAAUAUCACGGCAUCUUGCGACGUCGGCAGUCUCGUGCUAAGGCAGAAUCUGAAAACAAAGCUCUAAAAAAUCGAAAGCCUUACUUGCAUGAGUCUCGACACCUGCAUGCACUGAGAAGAGCUAGAGGAUGUGGGGGUCGGUUUCUUAAUGCAAAGAAAGAUGAGAAUGAACAGAGUGGAGGAGAGAAUUCACAGACAAUUAUCAACUUGAACUCUGAUGAAAAUGAGCGUUCUUCCUCGGAUAGAACAUCCUAAUACUCCGGAAGCAGUUGCUACUCAUUCAAGUGGCCACAUGAAGUAUUUAUUCUCCGGCAACCACAAGGAAAUUGAGGGCCCAUACUUUAGUCCCACUAGUGCUUCAUUUUGGCUCUACAGUUAAGGCUCGUUUAGCAUGUAUAGGUUCUUCAGUAGUAGUCUUGUAGGGAUGUUGCAGUAGACAAAUCAGGUAGUCUUAUAGCCGUAUCUUCAGCGGGUUUAUUUUUAACCCGAAGAGAGUGACGUCUACAUUUGCUCUUGGGGGGGGCAUAUCUUUGCACUUAAACCUGUUGUGAGGUUAAGUACUUACCUGACAAAAAUUAGAGAGUCCCUGUUGUUUGGUUUGUUAAUGUUUAAAUAGAUUGCAAAGUUCUAGCUUGAGUGCUGUUAUAUGUUAGUAGUUUUGAUGGAUUGUUACGAACUGAAGAAUAAGUUGAGUGGUUAAUGAAAUUGACUUCAUGUUUGUAAUUAAUAGCAUUGUAUUUGGAUAAAUAAAAGUAGUGGAACAACAACUUCUUUUGUCUGG